AUGUCCAGAGAAAACUUACACGUAAGUAAUAGUUUAGAGAAGACUAAUUAAGGGAAGUUAAGCUUAAGUUAACAUGUACUGAUUGGAAACCUAGAUUGAAAUGGAACCGCGUUCAGCACCAAUAUAAAACUGCUUUCACGAGGGAACAUUAAGCUUACUUGGGGAACUUCAGUUUGAGAAUGACGAUCUGCUUGGCACUUUUUGUUAAACUAUUGGUCAAAACAGUAACUGUUGUAAUAUGAUGAUGAAUAAUUUUCCUAGGCCUUGCUCGGGUAAACUGCAGCCGAGGGUUGUAUACGCUCUCUAAAAAUGAGACUUAACUCAUCAUCUUUCAGGCCCUUUUGAACCAAUUCUUUGUGUGGCAAGCUUUAACGAGCUGUACUACAUUGUGGCAUAGAUGCUAAAAAUGGCACUUGUCAUGAGCAAGUGUAGUAUAAACUGCUUUUACCAUAUUUUGCAUGUCCAUAAGAACAAUACCAUGUAACCAAAACCUCUUUCAAGUGAAAGAAAUGGUCACUUUACGAUUCAUGGAGAAUAAUGAGUCUUUUAUGCGUAAAUGGAAAACCUUUACUACCCUCAAGUGAAAGGGGAUUCUCAUUAUUGCAUUUUGAAUGAUACCGGUAUGUUGAUAUAAUGGCUAAUUGUUCUUAAAUUACUCCAGCUUAACAAAAUAUUGAUUAUAAUAAUGUUGUACAAUAUUGUUAUGUUAGUGUAUAAUGGACAGAUUGGCUGCCUCAUCAGUGUUCCAAUAUCAGACAUUUUCUCAUUCCUUCGACAUUUGACUUGCUGAAUUUGAGGGAGUGUAUUAGAGGAUAUUGGUUCUUAAAACAAAAUAGACUUUGACACAUUUACAUGAUGUACAUGUAGUAGAUCUGAAAAAGUAUGUGGUGAUUUUUUCUUUCUUGUAAAGUAAAUUUCCUUCAACUUUACAUAAUAAAAUUUUUAAUAACUCCUAUCUGCAUAGUGAGUUGUUGAAAUUUUAAGAGCUUCAUUUUAUUGGUUAUUCUUACCUUGAUGGACAUGGCAUUUAUUACUAUCCCUUUUUAAUUAAGCAGCUAUUCACUUCCAUACACGCCAAUAAUAUUCCGGUUAUCUGUAAAGCUAAACUAUUUCAGUCUCUCAUACAGUAGUCUUUCUCAUGUAUGUUUUAAUUUAACUGGUGAAGGAAUAUAUAAAUAUGUACUUUGCUCUUUUACUUUUUGCCUCUUGAACAGUGAAAAUAGAGAAGUACUUGCUAAAGCUAAUUUGGCCUAAUAAUAACCUUUUAUUUUUUUAGAGACGAGAGAAUACCAAAUCUCGCACAUCUAUGCGAGAAAAGCUCGUAGAGAAACAAAAGGCAGUAGAUGAACAUGAAAGCAACUUCACAGCUGGUCGUGUCAAUGUUCAGGAACGUUAUCUUCACAGGACUGGAAUACGAGGAAGAAAGAGCUGGAUAUUCUUUGCUGUUUUAUAUAUUCUAACACUUAUUGUGAUUGUAAAUCUUGUGGUAAGUAGACUUAAGACUUACAGUAAAAUAAUUUUGGCCUGAGUGGUACAUGCCUGUCUGAACUCCUGUUUUACAUGUAUCAGGAGUACCCCGGCCCAUCACGUGUAUGGAGUCUGUUUCUAGUCAAAUACAUUGUCCAUUUAGAAAAAGUGCUGAGGAAGGUGUCACAAUAAUUGGCCUUAGGUCAGCAAAGGGGUGAAAUGCCUUCAAAGACUGUUGUGAAGCCCUGUGCUGGUUGUUGCUGAGUGAUAGGAGAUUAUACUGUUCCUUGAUUGAAUUCAAAGUAGACAGACUGCAAAUUAUAGUAGUUGCUGAAAAUAUGUCUUCUUGUCCCAACUGUUCAUCAUUAGGAUGCCUAAAAUGCAUGCAAUUCCACAAUUGGUUUCGGCUCCAUUAAAUCCUAUACCAAUUGCAGAACAUUUUAGGAGGAGCCACCCACCGUGUGAGCACAGUCGCUGACAACACAUAUAUAAGUGAGGAAAAUAACGCGAAGCAAAACUAAGACGUUAUUAAAUGAACUAAAUGUACACGUAACUGUAUUUGAAUUAAAUAAUCUCUGUUUUUGUGAUUGCUUUGAGCUUGCUUCCAAGGUUACCAGAUCCAAUCACAGCUACAAGUUACAAGUAAAAAUGGGCAAAUUGUAACUGUUAUAAAUACUCUUUCUUUGUUAGAAUGGUGCGUGAAUGGAACAAUUUGCCCUGCUACAUUGUGGAGGCUGGAAAUUUAAGACGUUUUAAGGCUAAUAUUAACUCAUACAUGUUUAUAAUUUUGUAAUUUCAUUCUUUUUCAUCAUGAAUUUUUAUUCCUCUUAGAUAAUGUUUUGAUUUUUUAAUUUUUAUUUUUUAGGAAGUUAAUUCAUAUAGGGUCCACCUCUUUACUGCGCCUUUCACAAACAUGCGAACUCUAAAGUUCAAAAGCCGCCUUGACAAUUGCAUUUUUCGGUGCUGUCAAUCAUAAUAAUAUUACGAUCACAAGCAAAGAACCUUGAAACACAGAAACACACAAAACGGAUUGAAAUCUAACAAUCAUAAAUCACAAACCAUGACCUUUUGAACCCAUUAAAAUAAAGUUUUGCUUCCUAAGAGGUCCAUUAAGAUGAUUGACGGCAGUGAAAAACGCAGUCGUGAGUUGGCUUGGAACUUCAGAAUUCGCAUGUUUGUGAAAAGUGCAGUAACUUCCUUUGUGGGGUGUCAUUUCUGUAUUUUCAUUUUUAUGAUACCUUGAAUAUAGUAUGUAUGUAAAGAUUUAUAUAGACACUGUUGCUUGCAAAAUCAUUUCAAUGCAAUUACAACAAAUGUUUUUUGGGCUUUAGAUGCUUGCCUUGUUGUAUAAUGUCCUACAAAUAAACAAGGAUGGUAUAAAGUGCUUAUCCUUUUUUGAGAAUAAAAUGGUUCGAUGGCCAUGCUCAAGUGACAUGAACUCAAUUACUUUGUACAAGAAUCAAGCUGGAACCUUUAAAGACCACAACUUGGUUGUAGAAUCCAAUGAGAAUAAGGUAUAGUAAAUUAAAAUAAUGAUAAUAAUACACUGUUUUCGAAAAAAGACUCAAUGUUUUCAUUGGGUUGUGUUACAGUUUUAAAGACAUGUUAAGACCCAGUAGAUUUUCACUCUCAUCACACAGAGGCUAUAACUCUUUGCAGUAUGUACUAACAUGCAAAAAGUAGCCCUUUUUGACAACCAUCCAUUCCCAUUUGAUCAGUCCUGUUACAGUUUGUGUUUAAAACAGUAGGUAGAAAACCACUACUACAUUCACAACUACUUGUAGCAGAUAAAAUUGGUGCAUAUUUCAGAACAUAAAAAAGCGUCAUUCAGAGUACAUGCCAUUUUAUUCUAAAAUUGCAAGAUAAAACUCAAGCAUCCAUGAUACACUAUAGAAAGCUAGAUGGUUUAAUGUUGGUAGAGGUUACUUCUAACAGAUCAGCAUAUAUUGUAAAAAGGAGGCCUCUGCUUGCAGGGUAAGGCUCGAAAAAAUGUCUCGUUCAGUAGUCUAAGACCAGUGGAUUUUCUUGCUGGGCAAGUUACUUUUAAAACCCAGUUACCCAAUAAGCAAGGGUCCUGCAGGGAAGUCAUCCUCUAACUAAAUAAUCGGCUAAGACAAGUUGCAAGAGGUUGCCCUGGCCAGGUGAGCAAAAUGUGAGAGCUGCUUGCCCAAAGGACAAGCUGGAAUUCAGGUUCUUUUUGAGUGCUGAAGACUGUAGAGAGAUUUAAUUUUAGACCGGCCUCAGCUCCCAUUGGAAGGUAGUGGUUUUAUUAAAAGGCAGCAAUAAGGUGUAACUGUUCUUUUUGUUCUGAACACUGAUGUCUUCUAAAGGGUUUUUACAAAAAGUCAGAACUAGGUAGCUGGAUUGGUUAAUUUGAAAAUGAAAUCUUAUCCUUUUCUCAAACUUUUAACUAAAAUCCAUCACAACCCUACACAGGGCUGUGGUCUAGCAGUGCCUGAUGGCUCCCGUUGUCUUGCUUUUGCUGUUGGGUGACUAUUAUAUGCUGUAUCAUGGAAGUCUUUAAGCCCUGGGCCAAUCAAUUCUGAUCGUUGAAGAUAGUCUAUCAUUGACUAUAAGCAACUACAAUCCUUUUAACUCAUCUGAAAUGUGAGUACUACAUGAAUUGGACUACCAAAACAGAAAAUAAGUAGAACAGUGAAGUUCAAAAAUCAUUGUUUUUGUAAAAUUUUUGCAAAGUGUAACAGAGCAUCUUUCAAUCCUUAGUUUAAAAAGUAAAAGCUUUUUUUGUUUUUAUUCCUCCACAGGUAAUUUUUCAUGGAGGACCAAGUACAAAAAGUGCAGAAGGUAUGUUUGAUAUUAUAAAAUAUAUUUUUUGCUCUUUCACACCACAUUAGGGCUGUUUAUUCGAGAGAAAAUAAGGCACGGCUUACAUAAAAUGCGAAUGGAACCAUUUAUACGAUUAUGACUUACAUAAAACGCAAACUACUCAUAUAAAUGGUUCACGGCUUGGUUUGCGGCCGGACCAGUCCAAUGUUGACAUAGUUUGUUUUGGUGCCUUAUGUAAUUUGCAGCGAUGGCUGGAGUGAGCCAAAAUGCGAAAUGAUUGGCUUUGGUCAGGAAAAUCACCAUAUUUUACCCUGUCUUUUUCAUUUCAAAGUAAUGUUUCGGUCAAGAUAAGUGCUGGGCUGUUGCGAAAUUUGUGCAGAAACCUUGACGAAAAGCUUGUCAGCGAUCAAUCAAUAGGUUUGAAUUAAGAGAUGUUCCAGUGUUGGAUGAGGUCAAUUGUACACAAAAGUUCCGUCUCUCUUGUGCAGCAGGUCAUUUUUGCGUCACUGCAGUGCACAUUUCAGAGGCUGUGCUUUAAGAAAAACUGCAGAGAGCCCAGUGCUCUGAAUUUGUGAAAUCCAGGUGGUGGAGGUCUGGGAUAUAAUAUUUGAAAACAGAGUAUGCGCAGCAGUCAUCCACAGCUUCAGCAAACCACGAACAGCGUUUGAGUCGAUUUAUACAAACACCUUUUUGUCUACGGUAAGCCCAGCCCAAAACUCCCCGGCCAGGGUAAUCUGCGGCUUGAGCUAACCGUGAACAUAGAAUUUGUCUUAUGUAAGCCGUGGCCUAUUUUCUCUGAAUAUAAACAGCCCUGUUGUCUUGUACUUGAAUAUUGUAAACCUUCCGCUUUUAAGCCCUGGGCUUAUACAACUUUGUAACGGUUUUAAGAAGGGCUUUUAAACAGGCGGCUUAUAUCCAUCAACAGUUGGACUCGAGAAGUUUACGACGAUUGUUUUAGAAACCAGUGAAAAUUUUGCAACAGUCUGAAAACCAUGUAGCACCUAAAGUGAAUCACAGGCAGGCCAGAUAUCAGCUCCAUCAGAUUCGGCAAAAGAACAAAGAAUAUUGAUGAUUUAAUGAUACGCUGCUGGAAUCAGGCUACAAAGUGCAAGUUCAGAGAUCUGAAAAUGAAUGAGUGUCUAAUAGAACAGCCUGUUGUUGGAACAAAACAGGAAAGUUCAAGGAAGGCUUUUAGAAAAAGGUAAAGCACUUUCACUUGUCAAAGCAAUUGACAUUACCCAAACACUCAAACCCAUCCUGCUGCAGUUUGAACAGCUAGGAAGGGAUCAAAAAAAAGAUAUGUAUAGAAUCAAAAAGAGCACCAGCAAUGGUAAGAAGUCUAGGCAGUGCCCUAAUUGUGGCCUGGAACAUUCUUCAAGAACCAGGGAAAGUUGCACUGUGCAUAAAUCUAAGUGUCGUAACUGCCAGAAACGAAACCAUUGGGCAAGAGUAUGUUGUACAAACCACAGCAGUUCAAGGGACAGAUCUAAAAACAGAGGGAAUUCCAGUUCCAAUUAGUGCAGAACCAGAGGCCGCCAAGGAAGAGGAAGAUCUUCAGAUGCUGGACAUAGAGAGAACAGCGCAGUUGAUUGAAAUGAGCAAUUUGAGUUAAUUACUUUCAAACCAAUUGAAGUUGAUGCAUUUGAUCCUCCAAGCGGGGAUAAUACAAGUGAUGAAGUGUUUGUUAAAGUGAAUAUUGACCUCCACACUAAAAGCAAUCGACCAUCUUCACUCGAGGAAAAAUUGGACACAAGAGCACAAACAAACCUUUUGUCUCUCAGAUUAUAUCGUCAUAUCUUUCCUCAGAAUCUAACAGUGGAUGGUCUUCCUAAGUGUGGAGCAUGGUACCAGGCUUACACAAAAUGGAACCUGCAGGAUCACAUGUUAAUUCUCAGGCUGAAAAGUGGUCACUACCUUCUUCGUUACUGAUGCAGAUAGUCCAUCUCUUGCAUGUGACCUCAACCUUAUUGUUCUGUUCUAUGCUGAAGGGUUCAGCAGGACCCUCAGACACCUGUGAGCUAGCUAUGUCCUAGUAAGCCAAACUUGAAGGAGUAACACCCAAGCCAGCCACACCCUUGGUAGCCAGGCCAAGAGGAGCCACAUGUUCACUGGCCAAACCUGAAGGAGGCACACCCUUACAACUAGGUGUAUCCAGAAAACCCACCCCUCUUCAAGACAGGGAUGAUUUGGUGAACAGAUUUCCUGAUUGUUUCAAUGGAAUUGGAAAAUGUUAGGGCCAGUACCAUAUUACAGUGGAUAAGUCAGUAACCCACAGUUGUCCACACCUGGCGACAUGUACCACUGAGCCUACAUUAUGAUAUCAAGCAGGGGCUAGCCAACAUGGUAUCGCAAAGUAUAAUUCCCAAGAUGAGUGAGGGCGAGCCAACUGCCAGGGUUAACAGCUUGGUGUGCCAAAAUUAAAAAAAAAAGAAAAACCAAAUGGCAAACUGAGAAUCUGCCUUGACCCAAGGAGCUUAACAAGGAUAUCCAAAGGGUCCCAACAGUGAAGGAAAUUCGGUUCCACGGCUCACAGGUGUGAAAUAUUUCUCAAUAGUCAAUGCGAAAUGGUGAUUUUGAAAUGUCCAUCCAUUACCAGGCUUAGUGCCAUGACAGCCACCUUACAAGAGUUGCUUAAGGGAAGGAGUGUCUUCAAAUCGACUCCAUCACACAAGUAAGCUUUUGACAUGGUUAGGAAUGCCAUCAAUGAGGAAGGUACUUUGGCUUACUAUGACCCAACCAAAGAAGGUACCUUCCUGGUGGAUGCCUCAAUAAAGGGUUUCAGAGAUUCUCUUCUUCAAGACAAAAAGCCAACUGCAUUUGCCAGCAAAGCCCUAACAGAUGCAGAGUCGCAAUAUGCUGACAUCAAGAGGGAACUCCUGGAUGUAGUGUAUGGCUGCGAGUGGUUUCACCCUUUUUUAUAUGGCCAAAGCAUUGUUACAGGCAAGGAAAUGCAGAAUGCUGAUGCAUUAUCAAGGCUAUCACUUGAUGUGAAGACUCCUUUGUCUGUGUGUGUCCUUAGUUCUCCUAUGUGCGCUUGCAGAGAAUUCAACUGGAAACUGCCAAAAACAGAGCUUUGCUGCUCUUGAGGCAUAUGAGUUUAAUGAUUGGCCCACAACAGAAAAGCAGUUUCUACCAUUGGUUCAACCCUACUGGACCUAUCAGAAGGAGUUAUCUGUCAAAGAUGGUCUGCUUCUGAAAGGUCAGCAGAUUGUUAUUCCCAAGACACUCUAGGGAAGCAUUUAAAGUGAGGUACAACCUUAGAUAUUCAACCAGUCUGGCAGUUUGACAAUAUUAUUAGUUUGCUGCAUGUCCUGUAGUGCCCUCCAGAACCUGGUCCUGAGAUGACAGGUUGACUGAUUGGGCUGCCUGUGUCUGAAAUGACACUCUGGUUUGUUUUCAAAACUCUGUUGCUUGACUUGGGUGCUCCUGAAGCUGACCUUCUCCCUAAGUCAAACCUUACCAGUCUGUCUCUUUGGCCUGGACUUGUAGGUGACCCUCAGAUCUUUGACUGGUGUGGAGACUACAUAAGAUUUAUGAAUUCCCUGGAUCUUGUCUUGUAUCAAUGCUGGCUUGAUCUGAUUCCUGGGUUCUUGGGUUCUCAACUGCUACCCUCUGACCUUUUUCAAGGCUUGGUAACACCUUGGUGUGUUAAGUGUAAUAGUGCUUCUUGUAACAAUAAGCAUUGUUUGCUAGUAGCCUCAUUCCAGUGUCAACUUAAGAGACGAGCAUUUUGCAUAUCGAGGCGGUUGGUGCAAUACUUGGUGGGAGAUAUUAAACAAGAAUUGGUUUCUUGAGCGGUGUGAUUUCUUCAUGACUAAACACGUCUAUUGAGCUUGUUUCACCUGCAACCUACUGAUAAUAUCAUCAGUAUUUGGACUUUCUUUUUCUUGCAAUGUAUCACCCAAAGCAUCUCUGCUAGGCCUGGUAUCUUACUUUUGAAAGGAUUUGUUUGAAGUCUUGAGAGUGCUAUGUUGGAGUCUGAAUGAGUUCUCUUUGCUUGCUUCAGGGUUCUCUUGACAAUCUUGACUUGACUCUUGAUGAAGCCAUUGCUGCCUGAAUAUUAUUGGGAGAAAUUGUGACAUGGCUGAACCCAUAUUCCUUUGCAAAUUUACAAUAGUAGCUUUGGGAAUGUGGGCCAUUAUUGUCCCUCACAAUUUGUGGAAUGCCUUACUCACUGAAUAUUUGCUUUGUUAGAUCAAUAGCAACCUUACUUGUGUUCUGGUGUCUGGGUAUCUUUCUUACAAAGGAAACCUUAGAAAAAAAAUCAGUAAUUAUUGGGUAUUCAUCAUCAUCCACGUAGAACAGAUCAGUUCCCACUGUAUGUCAAGGCCUGGUGGUACCUCUGUCUGAAUUAGCAGUCGCCUUGCCAGCUUAGGUUGGAGUUCUUAAAAGACUUUGUAUGACUGAGUCAAUUCCUCAAUGUCCUUAGGGUUGAACCAAUGAUGGAAGCCGCUUUACUGUUGUGGGACAACCAUUAAAAACGUCUUCACUUUUCUUAAUAUGCCUCCGUGUACUUUCAUCAUUCAACAGUACAUCAGUUUUUUUUUCUUUACCUUAGCUGUUAUAGUUUUCCAAUCACUUUUAACAAAACAAACUGCUUGCCAACUUGCUUUCCAGUGCAUGUGGGCCCUGAUAAAACAGAGAUUCAUGCAAAACGAGGCUUCAGAUUUGUUGAUCCAUAUGAAAAAAAGACCAUUCUGAACUUGAAUGGUAGUGUGUGGCAUAUCAAACCAGAGUCAGUCAAAGCAUCUACAGUUACAGGAGACUCACUGGUGACACAUCGAGUAAGAUCAGUAGUUAGAUUCCUAGUGAUAAUUAUACUGGUUUACAGUCUGUAGUCCACUAUUCAAGUCCUUGCUUAUACCAUAAACUAUCUAAAAAGGGCCCCUUUUGAACAGUCAAGAUAAAGUAUGUUUCCUCAUCCCUAAUAAGCCCCUACUCCAUAAUUACCACGAUUUGAUUUGUUUCAUUUGCGAAAAGAAUAACCAUUGUCUUAAUGAUUCUGUAAAGAUUCCACAAACUCAAAGGUUUGAUGUAAGGUAGCUGACUGUUAGAACAAGUUUGCAGAACCACAGCCAGUAUUCGCACAAAGUGGCUGUAAAGUAUCUUUCUAGUUCUGUUUUUUCCUUGAUUUGCACAUUGCCCUAUGGUGAUUUUCAUAUGCUUUGAACAGUCCUGAUAGUAAUAUGACAAAGUUAGUUGCCAAGGGUUGCCACUUCAGUUUUCAAUAAGACCGCUACAAAAUUUCUCAAAGAAAAUUACCCACUUCUGCCCUCCUGCUUAGGGGCAAAUUAGAUAGGUUAUGGUAAAAGAAAUACACGUAUGUACACUGGAGAGACAUUAAGGAUGCCUCAGCUGGCAUUGCAACAAAAUUAAUGAUAUUUAGUUACCAGUAUAUGCAUUAUUAAUACUUUGUUAUAUGUUAGUUAAGUACAAGAAAGCAGUAGGCAAAAAUUAUCAUUUUAAAAAUGGGUACAGCGGAAAAAUUGGAAAAACAGUAAUAGGUACAUUUAUUAGAAACAUGAGGACUGAAGUCUGUUAGCCAAAAAUGAAUGUUCCUAGCAAGAUCAGAGUCUGAAAAUGAGUUGUGACUAAUAUUCUCCUUUGUUAUUGUGAUGUAAACAUGCAAGUAUGGAGGCAUUUUCAGUCAUCAUGUAUCCUGCACCCUUGAGGUUGCUGAUAAUCAAUUAUCACCGGUCUGCAUUUUUCUUAAGAUCUUGCAGAAGCCAAAUCCAAUUAUUGGUUAUUACUAGCAUUACCAUUUAUGUAUCAAAUAAUAAACUGUGAAGUAUGUUUAAUUCGUAUGUAGGUUGUAAGUGAUGAGAACCAGAAUCUGACAGUGACAUCUGAAGAAGCGAUUUCAGUGGAGGGACAUGAAGGAGUGUUCUUUGAUGGUAAAACGGUGCAGUUCAUUGCUAAGACAGAUGUGGACAUUUCUUCUUCACAAGCGGUAACUAAAUUUGUCACUUGAUGCGUUUAUCUUAACAUUGCGGUGACUCUUAAAGUUUAAUCUCAUCAAUUUUUUGACUCUGUUAAUUUUCCUUCAAUCUUAGGGAAUUGAAUUUGUAGCCAAUAAAGGAGUCCAGUUUAUUGGUUUCCCUGGUCCUUCACCUGCCUUAUCAAGUUCAGGUAUAGAACGUUACAAACUGUGUGCCUGUAUCAACACUGGAGAACUCUUUCGUGUGUUGGUUACUUUAAAUGGCACUUCAUGUUCUACAGAAGAGCCUGUUUGUUAAUCACGAAGGUUAUAAUAAGUAAUUAAUGAGAUGAUGUCCAGAUAAUGCUCAUGUGCUGCCACCACACGACUGUAAUGGAUGCUGGCACCUUAAUGGCAUUUUGUUAAGGUCAUAGAAAGCCUAAGUUUACCUUUUAUUUACUCCUUCUGAGAACUACAGUUUAGUUCCUCCUUUUUCAAUCAAUAUUUUUAUACAAUUCUGAAUUUUAUAAUGGGUACGUAUGGUUUCUUGUCUGACUGAUAGAAAUGGGCAAAGAUCUUUUUUUGUACUAUCAUAUUUCUCGGAGUAUGUGCAAUGUACCAUGAAAAUAGUUAUGUGUAAUUUAUUUUGUACUUUUUAUCUUGAGGCAAUUAUAACUAUGGGGUGACUACUAAACAAGCACUUAUAGCUUUUGGGGUUUUGUUGUUCCUUGAGUUUAUAGAAUUUAGUAUUAUUUAUAGUAUUUUGAACCACUGUUUUCAAACCGAGAUUUGAAUGGUUACAAUCUAAAAGUUUUAUAACAACAUUGUAGUAAGGCUCAGUCAUGGCAACCGUUUAAGGGGUUCCAUGGAUAACCACGGAAGUAAUGGGGAGAUGUUUUAUUGAAUAGCCUGCUGAAGCAUUUUGGGUGUCUUGCUGUCAAUCACACUUGAUUGUCAUAGCCAAUACAAUUUUUGGAAUGUGCUUGACUAAAAAGCUGCUUAUAAGUAGUAAUUAGAGAACAUAGAGUAUAGUUUUCAGAGGGAUACUGGGAAUGCAAACGAUGCUGGUAAGAAUAAGUGAUACUCCUGAAUGAUACAAUAAUUGAUGCAAUUAAAUCAGUACAAUGACAUCAAUGACAAACUCUGAGAUGAUAGGUCUUUUUGGAUCUCCUUCAACUCCGUGACAGACGUUUGAGAGUCCAGAAUUUCAGUUACCCUUGAAAAUGAAAGGCUUCCGUUUUUAUAACGGGAGAAACAUCGAUCUUGACGGAAAGUUGUUCAUUUAGUGCUUUUGUCCUUAAAUAUUUUCAGUUUGUUCCGACUGUCUGUUUUAAAAUCUUUUCACUAUCCCAUUCCUUCUGACACUUACAAAUAGAUUUUUCUUCUAAUGGUCUUGCAUCGUUUUUGUAUUUCGAGAAACUCAAGUAUAUAUUCUACAUUGUAAUGGAAGAAAGGAAGACAAACUGGCUCUAGAAGGUAUUUUGUGUAAAGGCUAAUAGCAAAUAGUGUUUCGCUAGCAGUAUAAAGGAUUUUCUGUAUUUCCUGGUCUAAAAAAGGUGCAUGGAUAAUAAAUAUUUCCUAAUAAAUUAUAUAGAGUGGUAUUUUUUCACGCUUAAGGAAUAUUUAACAUUUGUAUGUAUCAUAUUAAAUUUAGUGACUUGUUAAAGUUAAAGGCCGAUAUUUUGUAGUCUUUUGAUGU